UGGACCCCGGAAUUGGGAGAUUCGCUGCAUUGGCAAUUCCAAUCUUACGCCAAAUCCACUCUAAUCCAAAUGCAACCUUAGCGCAGUUCAAAGAGAAAAACUAAACCCCUGGAAUUUGUAGCUUCAGCCUUCAGGACUUGGCUUUUUACCAGCUGUACAUCCAUCAAAAUUAAGAUUGGUGUUUGCCAUUCCUAAAACUGAUAAUUAGAGAAGGUCUGGCGCAGUUUAUUCUUCUUCAAUUGCUAAGAAGAAAUUAGCUAUGUUUGUCGUGUGACGAAGAUGGGAACGAAAUGCAGGAUUUGGUGGCCGAAGCAUCUCUCAUCUGGCGAACCAAAAUCCUCCUUAUUGUUUGGGUGGUUCAUUCAAUCUUCUUCGGCUUCGCUAGACAUUGUUGUAGCUUUUGCAGCUUCUCCCGAUGAUAUAUCACGUUUUUGUUCCCAAUCUGGUCUUCAGGGAAUUCUUGAUUACGCAAAUUCGAGGAUGCCCUUAUUUCUGCAGGAUAAAUCAGCAUUCUCUGUUUUGGGGCACUGUGCUACAGAUUGCAGCUUUAAUGAGCAGCCUCCAUGUGCUGAAAUGGACAGGGAUGGCACAAAAUCUAACAAUUAUAAGAAAGUAUACUCAAACAGCAAUCAAGAUUUAUUUGGAGAUAGUCAUCGGCAAUGUUCAUGUGAACGCUACAAAAACAAAUUUUUAGAAAAAAGCAAGGGGUCUUCAGGAAUCAGUAAUUGGAUCCAGUUGUCAUAUGAUUCUGAUGAGUAUUAUUGUUCAAAUAUCCAUUGGAUUCCUAAGUUUCAUCAUGUACACUGGAGUUCAAAAUUAGUAUCUAGCUGUGAUCUUCAUAUAAUAGUUUAUGACCCACCAACAUUUGGAAUACGCCACUUCCUGGUUGGUUCUUCGAUCUCUUCUGAAGGAGUUCAAAUGCCCAUCAAGAGACCCAAGUGGGUUGAUAAACUUCACCAGAAGCAAGCGUUCCCUGACCUGGACACAGUUGUCUUGGCAAUCAAUUGUGCAACUGCUGCUAGAAGAUUAUGCAAGAAAUGCAUGGGGCACAAGGCUACAUUUAAUCAGUUUCUUGCAAUCACAUGCCACUCAGUAGCUGUUUUUGUAGCUUCAUGCUUCACUCUCUUCUACAUCAUUCUUCAACUCUUUCAUGCUUUUCUUAGUUAUGGAUCAGAUUCAUUGCUCUACAAGAUGUUGGCAAAGGUAUUUAGCUAUACGUGGAAGAAUGUCCAUAUCCGCAGCUGCCAGCUACUAUAUUGGCCAAUAUUCCUUCARGAUGGUGGUUUCAGGUCCCGUUCAAGUGUAGAAUAUGCAGAAAGGGCUUCUUUGUGUAAACAUUCAACAUGGUCAAGCAUAGCUGUUGAUGUUAUUUUGGGGAAUAUGGUUGGUUUCACAUUGUUAGUGCAUGCAGAAACUGUAUCUUUAUGGGUUUCAAACCUUGUCCAUGACAUAACAAAUAAUAUAUUACGUUCGGGUUGUGUGUGGCUGAUGGGGGUCCCAGCAGGUUUCAAGCUGAAUUUAGAAGUAGCUGGAAUUCUUGGCAUGCUUUCACUUAAUGCAAUUCAGAUUUGGUCUACCCUCUGGAUCUUUUUUGGUUUCUUCUUUGGUUAUUUUCUCAAAGGACUUGCUAUAUCUGGCAUCAUUUUGGGGGCAACUAUACUGGCUUCUCUAAUCAAAGACAUGAUUGUGCUAGCAACAUUUCAUAUCUCAACUCUUCAUUGGUUGGUGUCACUUCUAUAUUCACAACAGAUCCAAGCAUUGGCAGCCCUAUGGCGUAUUUUUAGGGGUCGAAAAUGGAACCCACUUCGGCAGAGGUUUGAUAGUUAUGACUACAUGGUGGAGCAACAUAUUGUUGGAUCUCUUCUGUUUACACCCCUCCUACUUCUACUACCUACAACUUCUGUUUUCUACAUUUUCUUCACAAUUAUUAAUAUGGUCUUUAGUUGCAUCUGCAUAUUAAUCGAAGUCAUUGUAUCAAUUCUUCAUGCUACACCUUAUGCUAAAAUUUUCCUUUGGAUGGUAAAACCGAGAAGCUUUCCCUGUGGAAUAUGGUUUGAACCAUUACCUUGUGCAGAUAAUAAAGUUGUUGGUUGUUCAGAGAUUGGAUGUAUUAAUGAACAACGUUCAGGAUAUGGAAAGUCUCUAGAAGGGAGGACAAAGCAGGAAGAUAGCAAAAUAUGUGGGAGCCUGAUUUCAUCGCUUCAAAGCAACUUUUCAAAUAUAGGAGAAAUCAUUUUACCACACUAUAGGGCUGUGUUCUGUGGGAUUUCUUUGUCUUCUGUUGCUUCAUCUGCCUAUGGACUUCUCAUUGGAAGAAGAAUCUCUUCUUCUUUAGGGACUUCUCUCCCUUUGACAAUGCCGUGGUUGUCUUUCACCUGUAGUGAAUAUUGGCGACUAUGCCGUGACUCAGUAAUUACAUGCAUUGCAGAUCAUUCUUCUGACAGCUGCUAAUCUACGCAUUACCGUGUACAACUUUUUUCAAAAUCAAUUCUUUGUUGCAACUUGGUUCUCAUUGUUUAAUAUCAUUUUAACCGAGGAAUGAGUCUAUUCUCAUACAUUAAGGGGAAUGAAGUAACUGGUGGUUCACUCAGCAAAAAUUUCUAGCAAUCAGAGAUAAAAUGGUCCUUGCUUCCUAUUUGCCAUGUGCUUGCUGCAUCUGGGAAGCAUAGAUUCAUGUAGUGAGGCCUUUUUGUUUUGGUUAGAGGAAUUCCUAGCUGUCCAAAGGACACUUUUGAAUGCUGGCCAGUUCUAAAUGGGAUCAAAAGGGCAAAAAUAGCUUGGUCUGUUUCUCCUUUUGCGUUUUGUUGGGAGAUUUGGAAGGAGAGAAACAGAAGGCUCUUCCAAGGCAAGGCAAAAUUUAAGGAGUUAUGCUCAACUAUAGGGAGAAUAAUUUUGGAUUGGAUUUUAGUUUAAUCCUUCUGAAUUUUCUGGGAUUAUUAGAGAGUCUUUAGGUGCUGUCUUUUGGGAUUGUUUGGAUUCAGGUUAAAGUUCUUGAUGUGAUUCUUGUUUUUCUUGUAUUUUCUUUUGUUGAAUGAUUACUUGU